AUGGAUGUCUCUCUUUGCCCAGCCAAGUGUAGUUUCUGGCGGAUUUUCUUGCUGGGAAGCGUCUGGCUGGACUAUGUGGGCUCCGUGCUGGCUUGCCCUGCAAAUUGUGUCUGCAGCAAGACGGAGAUCAAUUGCAGGCGGCCGGACGAGGGGAACCUCUUUCCCCUCCUGGAAGGGCAGGAUUCAGGGAACAGCAAUGGGAACGCCAGUAUCAACAUCACGGACAUCUCAAGGAAUAUCACUUCCAUACACAUAGAGAACUGGCGCAAUCUGCACACACUCAACGCCGUGGACAUGGAGCUCUACACCGGACUCCAAAAGCUGACCAUCAAGAACUCAGGACUUCGGAGCAUCCAACCCAGAGCCUUUGCCAAGAAUCCCCACUUGCGCUAUAUCAGUUUAACAAGCUUAAGAAUCACCUGGGGAUCCUGGCAACUGUCCUCUACCUUGCACCUUAGAGAACUGCAACUGGAGCAGAACUUCUUCAACUGUAGCUGUGACAUCCGCUGGAUGCAGCUGUGGCAGGAGCAGGGGGAGGCCAAGCUCAACAGCCAGAACCUCUACUGCAUCAACGCAGAUGGCUCUCAACUGCCCCUCUUCCGCAUGAACAUCAGCCAAUGUGAUCUUCCUGAGAUCAGUGUCAGCCAUGUCAACCUGACCGUACGAGAGGGUGACAAUGCUGUCAUCACUUGCAAUGGGUCUGGGUCACCUCUGCCUGAUGUGGACUGGAUAGUCACUGGGCUGCAGUCUAUCAACACCCACCAGACAAAUCUGAACUGGACCAAUGUGCACGCCAUCAACCUGACACUGGUCAAUGUGACGAGUGAGGACAAUGGCUUUACCCUGACCUGCAUCGCUGAGAAUGUGGUGGGCAUGAGCAAUGCCAGUGUUGCCCUCACUGUCUACUACCCCCCACGUGUGGUGAGCCUGGAGGAGCCUGAACUGCGCCUGGAACAUUGCAUCGAGUUCGUGGUGCGUGGCAACCCCCCGCCAACGCUGCACUGGCUGCACAAUGGGCAGCCCCUGCGGGAGUCCAAGAUCAUCCAUGUGGAGUACUACCAGGAGGGUGAGGUCUCUGAGGGCUGCUUGCUCUUCAACAAGCCCACCCACUACAACAACGGCAACUACACCCUCAUCGCCAAAAACCCACUGGGCACAGCCAACCAGACCAUCAAUGGCCACUUCCUCAAGGAGCCCUUUCCGGAAAGCACCGAUAACUUUGUUCCUUUUGAAGUGAGCCCCACUCCUCCUAUCACUGUGACCCACAAACCAGAGGAAGACACUUUUGGGGUAUCCAUAGCAGUUGGACUUGCUGCCUUUGCCUGUGUCCUGCUGGUGGUGCUCUUCAUCAUGAUCAACAAGUAUGGUCGACGAUCCAAGUUUGGGAUGAAAGGUCCUGUGGCUGUCAUCAGUGGUGAGGAGGACUCUGCCAGCCCACUGCACCACAUCAACCAUGGCAUCACUACUCCCUCAUCGCUGGACGCUGGACCUGACACAGUGGUCAUUGGCAUGACUCGCAUCCCGGUCAUUGAGAACCCCCAGUACUUCCGUCAGGGACACAACUGCCACAAGCCAGACACAUAUGUGCAGCACAUUAAGAGGAGGGACAUCGUACUGAAGCGAGAACUGGGUGAGGGAGCCUUUGGGAAGGUCUUCCUGGCCGAAUGCUACAACCUCAGCCCCACCAAGGACAAGAUGCUUGUGGCAGUGAAGGCUCUGAAGGAUCCCACCCUGGCUGCCCGGAAGGAUUUCCAGAGGGAGGCUGAACUGCUCACCAACCUGCAGCAUGAGCACAUUGUCAAGUUCUAUGGGGUGUGUGGUGACGGAGAUCCCCUCAUCAUGGUCUUUGAGUAUAUGAAGCAUGGAGACCUGAACAAGUUCCUCAGGGCCCACGGGCCAGAUGCGAUGAUCCUCGUGGAUGGACAGCCACGCCAGGCCAAGGGUGAGCUGGGACUCUCCCAAAUGCUACACAUUGCCAGCCAGAUUGCCUCGGGCAUGGUGUACCUGGCCUCGCAGCACUUUGUGCACCGGGACCUGGCCACCAGGAACUGCCUGGUUGGAGCCAACCUGCUGGUGAAGAUUGGAGACUUUGGCAUGUCGAGAGAUGUCUACAGCACUGAUUACUACAGGCUCUUUAAUCCAUCUGGAAAUGAUUUUUGUAUAUGGUGUGAGGUAGGAGGACACACCAUGCUCCCCAUCCGUUGGAUGCCCCCUGAGAGCAUCAUGUACCGGAAAUUCACUACGGAGAGUGAUGUGUGGAGCUUUGGGGUAAUACUUUGGGAGAUCUUCACCUAUGGAAAGCAGCCAUGGUUCCAGCUCUCAAACACAGAGGUCAUUGAGUGCAUUACCCAAGGACGUGUUUUGGAAAGGCCUCGAGUUUGCCCCAAGGAGGUCUAUGAUGUCAUGCUGGGGUGCUGGCAGAGGGAACCACAGCAGCGACUUAACAUCAAGGAGAUUUACAAGAUCCUCCAUGCUUUGGGGAAGGCCACCCCGAUCUACCUGGACAUCCUUGGCUAG